GAAGGUCCGAAUUCUUGCGCUGUUUAACACUACACUUUAUGCAUUUCGUUUAGCACAAAAUUAAGACAAAUCUAUAAAAAUGACGGAGGUUAUUGAUUUUAGUGAGCAAAUAUCCGAUGGAAAGAACAUAUUAAAUGUGCGUUGCCAGUUCUGCAACAGUUUGAUGCUCAAGGCCCAAGAGGGAACCUACAGCCAGGAGGAAGUAGAAGUGCCCCUGAUGAUGCAAAAACAGGACAGGACGGCGGACAGUCUGAACAGCGAGCCACUGAAGGACUUUUGGCUGGUCAAGGACAUGAUGAUGUUCGAGAAUAUUGGAUUCUCCAACACGGUGGAUGGCAGGAAGUUCCUGGUUUGUGCGGAUUGCGAGCGAGGACCAGUGGGCUAUCAUGAUCUGAGCACCCGCCAUUGUUUCCUGGCCCUCAAAAGAGUGGUACACAAGGACUCCUAGCUGCCCAUGCCUUGAACACUUAGUCCCGGUUAUUGUACUUCAAAUCACAUCUAUCGAGUGGAAUGUACAAUCUAUUUCGCAAAGUUGCUUGUUUAGGUAUUUAUUUGAGAAGUUUUUUUUUCUAUACUUCAUGAACAUUUAGUACGACCUACAAAGGGAUUCUGUAUUUACCUCGAACUUCCUUGUCUUGAUGAAGAUGCAUAAAGAAUUAUCUAGUAAUCGUUAAAAACUCAAGGCAAAACAAGAUUUUCUUACAUUUUGUUGAAUUUAAAAUCCAGGGAAAUAAAACGCUUGUUUCUGUAUAAUUUUUAUUAAAUUUAAUGUUUUCAACUAGCAAUAAUACCAAAAAUAGCAGUCAUGAAUUCGUAAAGAUAACGUAAAGCUAAUGUAAGCAAAUUUUUCAAUUUGUUAAAAAAACAUACCAUGGUUAAUAAAGCAUAGUCAGGCAAUUUGCUUCAUUUGUGCUGUAAUUUUCAAAGAUAUGAGGAAAAAAUUUAAAAAUUAGAAAAUUUGUGAGGGAACCCUACUCUUCGUAAGCAAAUUUUAAAAUGAACUUCAUAAUAGUUUAGACAAUAAUCUCUGGGCAAUAAAAACAUUCGAAUUUUGUAUUCAUAUUUAUUGUUUUUCACUUUAAACAUUUUACAAUUUUAUUGCAUUAUAAAUAUUGCAUUUUAGAGGAGAUUCUUAACUAAAAAAUUUUCACUAUAAACUGUUAUUUUGCUAUACGAACUAAAA